AUGAUAAGAGAAAAGAGGGAAUAAUUCAGAGUUUAAAUCAGAAAAGAAAAAAAUGAAGAGUUAUUCACAAAAAAACGAACUAAUCUCACAUCAUCAAUCCCCUUGGAUUUUCCAAAAGUCGAUUAUGAUCAAUUGAUAUCUAAAUAAAAUCUUCCUCAAUGUGUAGUGAACCUUGAUUAAUAUUUAUCAUCCAAGAUAGAAGUCCAUCCUUAAAUUAUUAAUGAUUUAUUGCUUGGAGCUUAACUCACUUUUGAUUUAUUAUAAUAUUUCCCUUAGGAGUGUUCUAAGUUUUUGACUAAUUUCACCUAUCACAUGAAAAGAGAAUAGAUGUUAUAAUUGUUAAAUCAAAGUUAAAUAGUUUAUUUAAAUAAUCUCUUGAAUGGCAGUUCAGAUGAAUUAAAAGAAAAUUUGACUAAAAUUGUAUGCAAUUUUAUAGUUGAAUUGAAUUCAGAUGAAGCCUUAAGACUAGCUUAAAGCUUACAACUACUAACUAACAUCUGUUAUAGUUACACAACUCAUGGAUGCCAUAGAGAAUUGAGUAUGAAUUAUCUCAGAAUUAUCGCUCAUCUAUUCUUUAAUAAUUACAAAGAACAAAACAUGGAAUGUGUAUUAGAUAUAAUAGAUAAAAUCUCUCAAUGUAAAGGAGAUGAUGCUCUUCAAUUAUAAUCAUUUAAAACCAUGAGAGCAGUUAUAGGAUCAAUUCAUAUCAACCAAUUAGAAAUUCCUUAUCUAAAUUAAUAAGUUAGCUAUUUAAGCCUUCAAAUUGUUAAAUGUAAUAAUCGAAAAGAAUAAGCAAUUGAUGAAAAAAAAUAUCACCUAUUGACUUUCUAUUCCAAUACACUUUCAAGUAAUCUUAGCCACAACAAAGCAAUAAUUAAAUUAAUUUAUCAAGGAUUGAUAUAAAUUAUUGAAAAUGACAAUAAUUUUGUAUUGAAUGAGCAAAAUCAAUGUUUUGAAAAAAUUGUAACUCAAGUUCAAAACGCUAAUAAAGAAUAAUAAGAAUUUCCAUCUAAUACUUGUAAUCUAAUAAUUUAACUAUUAAAAUCUCGAUACAAAGAAUCAACAAUUAUUGAAUUUCCAAUUUUAAAACUGAUCAGCGAAUUCUAUCAAAAUGAAAACUAACUUAUUAACAUUGAUGAUUAUUUGUAUAUUGCAUUAACAGUUCUAUAAACUGGAGAAAUGAUUUACCCGGAUCGAUAUGUUGGGGAAUUCUUAAAAUACUAGGGUGAAUCCAUAAUUUAAGACAUUUAAAGAAAUACAAGUGAUUACACACAUAUGUAGAUUAUUGAUGAAAUCAUUAAGAUGACAGAGUAUGAUGAAGAAUUAGAUUUUUAUGAUUGA